UCAGUACCACUCGUCAAACAAAGUUAAAAUGUAUGUUUCUUUUUUAAAGCAAUUUAUACAGGUAAUUCUAAUAUUUAACCUAAAGUUAUAUUGACCUGAACCUUUCCCAAAAAUGAGUCUGAUGGAUAGCUGUGACUCUAAAGGGUGUGCAGUAUGUGAUAAAUAACUUGUUGGCUUGGCUCAUGGACUAUAAUCCCCCCCCCCCCCCCCCCCCACACACACACACAUCAUUCCAGCUCUAGCACGUCCCUGCUUAAGGAGGUAAAGAAUAUGCAGAAGGGAGGGAGCCCCCAUGUGGUGAGGAUUCUGGGGGUGUACCAGGGGUGCCCUCCCUCUCCAGGUAGAGGCCUCUCCACCCAGCUGGGUAUUGUGAUGGAGUUAAUGAACAUAGGCUCCCUGGCCACCCUCCAGGCCAGCCUCUCUGGCCCCCCACCCUGGCCCCUGGCCUUCCGCCUGGCCCACCAGAUCGCUCUGGGAAUUAACUUCCUUCACAACCUUCCUCAGCCACUUCUGCAUCGCGACCUGAAGCCCAAUAACGUGUUGCUGGAUGACAACCUUAAUGCAAAGCUUACAGAUUUUGGCCUUGCUGAAGUCUCCCAUAGUGUUUUGGAAAUGUCCAGAGAAGAGCCCGGGAAGGAAGGAGGCACUCUAAGCUACAUGCCCCCUGAGGCUUUUGAAUCAUCGUAUGAACCAACUCGAGCCACUGACAUCUACAGUUACGGCAUACUGCUGUGGUCCAUCUUCACUGGAAAAGUGCCCUAUUAUGCAGAUAACCCUCAUCUCCAGUCCAGUAUGGUGAGGUUCCGGGUCCCCUUGGGCGACAGGCCUCCUCUGGAGGCAGUGGACAGGGACCAGGCUGGUGGGCUGGGGGAGAUGGUGGACCUCAUGGUGAAUUGCUGGGACCAACAGCCUUCUAAUAGACCCCAUUUCCUGGAUUGCCUCACUGUGACAGAGAGAACAUAUGAGAGGCACAAGCAAUCAAUAAACGACGUGGUCCAUCAAGUGCUCCUCAAACUGGAGGAGGAGAGGAUGAGAAGACAGGAGGAGGAGGGGAUGAGAAAACAGGAGGAGGAGAGGAUGAGGAGACUGGAGGAAGAGGAGAGAGAGAGACAGGAGGAUGAGAGGAUGAGGAGACAGGAGGAGGAGGAGGAGAGAGAGAGACAGGAGGAUGAGAGGAUGAGGAGAGAGGAGGAGGAGGAGGAGAGAGAGAGGCAGAAAACUGGUCCAGCUCAUCUGAGGAUAGUUCUGGUGGGGAAGACUGGAGCAGGGAAGAGCGCAACAGGAAACACCAUCCUGGGUGGGGAGGGGUUUAAAGAAGACUCCUCCCCUGAGUCUGUGACUGCUCAGUGUGAGAAACAGAGUGGAGAGGUGGAUGGGAGGAAGAUUGAUGUGAUUGACACGCCGGGACACUUUGACACGUCAGUGACUAUAGAGAAAAUGAAAGGUGAACUAGAACGGUGCUUCUACAUGUCCGUCCCAGGACCCCAUGUGUUCCUGCUGGUGAUCAGACUGGGGAGGUUCACAGAGGAGGAGAGGAACACAGUGAAGUGGAUCCAGGACAACUUUGGAGAAGAAGCCUCAAAGUACACCAUGGUGCUGUUCACUGGAGGAGACCAGCUGAGAAAAAAAUCUGUUGAGCAGUUUGUAGGAGAAAGUGUUAACCUCCAGGAUCUCAUCAGCAAAUGUGGAGGUGGAUAUCACUCUGUCAUCAAUGACAGUGACAGUAGCGCCAACCCUGACCAAGUCCCAGAGCUGCUGAAGAAGAUAGAGGAGAUGGUGAAGAGGAACGGAGGACAACACUACACCAACGAGGUGUACCAGAAGGUCCAGAGGAAGAUCGAAGAAGAGGAGGAGAGGAAGAGAGAGGAGGAGAGGAAGAAAAAAGAGGAAGAAAUUAAGAAACAAGAGGAGGCGAUCAGGAAGCGGGAAGAGGAGGUGAGGAGAGAGGAGGAAAUAAAGAGAGAGGAGGAGUUGAGGAAGAUAGAAGAGGAGAGACAGGAGGAGAGGAGGAAGGCGGAAGAGGAGACGAGGAAGAUGGAAGAGGAGAGACAGGAGGAGAGGAGGAAGAUGGAAGAGGAGAGGAGGAAGAUUGAAGAGGAGAGGGGGAAGAUGGAAAAUGAGAGGGGGAAGAUGGAAAAGAGGAGGAGGAAGAGGAGCAGGAGAAAUUGGUUCGAACGGCUUUUUAACCUUUAACCUUGUUGUGGCCAGCACCAUGUCCUAACCCACUGAAUGGAACUGUGUGUACUUUCAUCUUUAUACAAACAUUAACCAGACUUUUACUGUCAUAACAUGGCAUAAUCAUACCAAUCUUCAUCUUUCCUUUCACAUUAAAUCCCUGUUCUUCAGUAAAUACAAAAACAUGCUGAUUAUUACCUAACUGGGUCGUUGAUUGUAGACUUUACUCUCUGUAGGAAGGUAAUUCACUCUGGAUAAAAAAAAUAUGCUGUCUGUUUCUAUGACUGUAUAUGGCUCAGCUAAUGAUAAACGUACCCUAACCCUCCUUUGAGCUUCAGUCACCAGCACCAUCUCCCACCUAAAUUCAGUUUUUUUUUUCUGGUCAUUAGUGUCCACUGUCCACCAAUGUUAUUUAAGCAAUAACACACAAGGGAGUGUGGUAGCCUAGUGGUUAGAGCGUUGGGCCAUUAACCGAAAGGUUGCUAGAUUGAAUCCCCGAGCUGACAAGGUAAAAAUCUGUCGUUCUGCCCCUGAACAAGGCAGUUAACCCACUGUUCCUAGGCUGUCAUUGUAAAUAAGAAUUUGUUAUUAACUUACUUCCCAGGUAAGGAAAUAAAUAAUAUAUAUAUACAUACUACUGUCUGCUAUACCAUGGCUGUCAGCCAAUCAGUAUUCACGACUCCAACCACCCAGUUUAUAAUAAAGAAGGAUUAUGGAAAA